AUGCAUCAGGGCGCAGCGGACGUAUUUGCCAACCGGGAUGAGCCAGUACCAGUCCUCACGGUGACAAACAGUGAAGAUGCUUCCACGUCUGAGGCGGAAGGAGACGGGAAGAGGAAGAGACUGAAGGAAGCACUUUCAGUUUCGAAGAUGAAGGAGAAGAUGCAGGACAUUAGCCAAGCGCAGGAAGAUAAAGUUGAUGGCAGUACAUCCAGUCCAUCAUUGCACGAACGUCUCAUUGCGAAGGUUAUACAGCAAGUGAUCCCAAUCGAAGACAGCGAAGAUGGAGAGAACUCAGUUGACAAAAGGUCAUCCAAAUAUGUCCGCCGGCCUGCUUUUAGCCUUCCACUCAUGACGAACAAUUUCCGCCGGUUCAAUGCCAGAAUUGGUAUUGUCUUCGUGUUCCAGAACCAACUCAUACACCUGUACAAUUGGACUGUGCCAACGCAUACACUAUCACUCCUAGCUAUCUACUGUUUUGUAUGCCUGGAUCCAUAUUUGCUUGUCGUUCUCCCCUUCGCUGUUGUGCUUCUGUGUAUUAUGGUUUCUGCUUUUCUGACACGACAUCCACCACCUCCUCCAUCGUCUUCUACUUCUUCCAUCACGCCAUACUAUUCGAUCAGUGGUCCUGCUUUAGCGCCUCCAAAGACUAUCAAGCCGGCUUCUGAGACGUCCAAAGACUUUUUCCGAAACAUGCGCGAUCUUCAGAAUAGCAUGGCAGAUUUUACAGUCCUCCACGAUGCUUUGAUUGCUGCCAUCGCACCGCCAACCAAUUUCAGCAAUGAAGUGUUCUCGUCCGCGCUUUUCCUAUAUCUUUGUAUAGUAACGGCGGUCUUGUUCAUUGCAGCUCAUCUUUUCCCCUGGCGUUUCAUCUUACUCUUCGGAGGGAUUGUUGCUAUAUGCUCAGGACAUCCUGCGGCGCAAGCAUGGCUGCAAGAAAUGGAAGUAAAGGCCAGAGAAAAGGCAGAAGUACUGGAUGCGGAAGCUCAAGAAUCCUCGAGACUUUCGAAACAUCCCAGGAAAUUUUUGGGACUGUCUGUUCCCACCUCACCAGCGGCAUUGAAGUCUGCAUUGGCCGCGUUCUCUGCGAUAACGCUUGACACGGCUCCACAAAUCCGUGAAGUUGAAAUCUUUGAACUCCAACAUCGAUCCUCGCCCUUCAAUUCGGUAGAACAAUGGGAACCCCAUCUUUUUACACCUACACCAUACGAUCCACUGUCCCCGAUUCGGAUAUCGGGUGACAGACCAAGGGGUACCCGCUUCUUUGAAGACGUCCAACCUCCACGUGGAUGGGUUUGGGAAGGAAAGAAAUGGGAACUCGAUCUUGAGGCUCGAGAAUGGGUCUCGGAACGAUUGAUUACUGGCGUGGAAUUUGAUGUCGCCUUAGAUGGGGGGCCUGUAAGUACGGGCUUUGGGGGAUGGGUAUCCGACUUGGCAACACCCAAUAGUCUAGUAAAUGUGGAGGAGAAAUGGGUGGUCUACGAUGACGAUGAUGGGGGAUCUACAAAGAACAACGGGAAGAAAGACAAAAUGAAGAAGGUCAUUUAUAGCACAGGCAAGGACUGGGAGGAAAGUACAACGUGGGGAGGCCGGACAGGCGAAUGGCGAAGGCGGAGGUGGGCGAGGACGGUGAGGAGGGUUGGGGUGGACGGAGAUAACCAUGACAGGAAGCAAGAACCAAAGACACCAACAAGGAAGUCGAGAUAG